ACUGACUGCCACUCUCUUGAUUACAUCACCCUCGCCAUUCUUGUCCCCCUUGCAUUUUCAGAGGAGAAACACCUUCCAAAUGGCCAGUCUCAGAGUACCGGAGACUGUUCCUUCUCCGGAACAAGACUGUGAGAGACUCCACAAAGCCUUUGCAGGAUUUGGAACGGAUGAGGAAGCUGUGAUAUGGGUACUGGGACAUAGGAAUGCAAAUCAAAGGAGAGAAAUUAUAGACACUUAUCAAGAGCUUUACAAUAAGUCCCUCAUUGAUGAUCUCCGUUCUGAACUCUCAGGAGAUUUCAGGGAUGCAGUAAUUUUGUGGACAUAUGAUCCCCCUGAAAGGGAUGCUAAACUGGCAAGAGAUGCUCUGAAGAAGAAGAAGAAGACGAAAGGCAUAGAACACCUGAAAGUGCUAGUUGAGAUAGCAUGUGCAUCAUCUUCUCACCACUUGAUGGCAGUGAGGCAGGUCUAUGGUUCACUUUUUGAAUGCUCACUUGAGGAGGACAUUGCAUCCAAUCUUUCCCUCCCCCUUAGAAAGCUUCUAGUGGGUUUAGUGAGCUCAUACAGGUAUGACAAACAGCUAGUCGAUUCAGGCGUUGCCAGUUCAGAGGCACUGAAGCUACAUGAAGCCAUCAAGACAAAGCAAUUAGAUCACAAUCACGUUGUUUCCAUACUCAGCACAAGGAAUAUAUUUCAGCUCAGAGAAACCUUUGAGUGUUACAAGCAAAACUAUGGAUCUCCCAUUCAACAGGACAUUAAAAGUUGUGGUGAUGGUGAUUCGGAAUCUCUCUUGACCUUGGUUAUCACUUGCAUAGAUACACCAGAGAAACAUUUUGCACAGGUUAUCAAGGAUUCUGUUGUUGGGCUCGGGACGGAUGAGGAUUCUUUGAAUAGAGCCAUUGUGAGCCGAGCUGAGAUUGACAUGAUCAAAAUCAGAGAGGAGUACUCCACACUGUCCAAAAAUAGCCUUGAAGAUGAUGUUAAAGAUGACACAUCAGGAGACUACAGAGACUUUUUACUUACCCUGCUGGGAGCAAGAUUCUGAUUAAUUCUUCCCAUAAGCGCCCUUUUCAUCUCUGUUGAAUUUGAGAAUGCUGAUGGUACAUGAUUACAUUAGAGUACCUAAACUGGUGAUUUGCUUGUGACCUUGUUUGCCAUACGUAGAUAAUUUUGAAUUGCUUUUAUACUGUU